UGACUGCUUCACACUUUGUGAGCUCGGGGCGCCACCUGCCGGCUGGAGACGAGCUUGGGCGGGCUGGGAGAACCCCCGCCUGGCGACGAUGAGGGCGCGAAUUGAUUAAGCGCCUCCCGUAAGGCGGGAGGCAGAAAGCUUGGGCGGCCCUUUACGAUGGACUUGGAAGAGAUGAAGGCCGGAGGGGGGAGGGGUGCUGAAUUGCUGGAAUCGCUCCAGUUCUUUACCUGAGCGGAUAGAAUGUUAAAGCUGGAAAAAAUCUUGGGAGACUAAGAGCAAACCUGGCCUUUCAGCAGUUAGAAGGGGAGGGAGUAAAUGUUUUUCUGGUUUACAAUCCCCCACCCCCAUCCCACUUUCUUCAUCGCCCAAACCAGCCAUAUGGGCUUCGAUUGCAAUUAUAAACUAACCCUCUUCUGGAGGGCAGAAUAUCGUAUAUUUUAUUUCCAUUAACAAACUGGAAGUCGCCCACCAAAGUUUAGUUUACUUACAGAUAAAUGCAGGAAGGAAAAUGUUUAUAAAGGAGUUCAGCUCUGCUACUUAAGAAAAGGGAACAAACCUGGUUCUUUAAAAAGCUCCGUCACCUAUGGAACAUUACCAGUUAAGAAAAUGGACAAAAAAGCUAAUGUGCAAGAAAACAAAAGCGAAAUGGAGGCCUAAUUAACACAGUUGUCUUGUGUUCAAUUUCCCAACUCAUCUACUAUUCACGAAUAAUUCAUCACCCAGAUCUGCUGCAAAUCCUGAGACACCAAACUCCACCAUCUCAAGAGAAGCUAGCACCCAAUCAUCAUCAGCCACAGCCAGCCAAGGAUAUGUUUUACCAGAAGGCAAAAUCAUGCCAAAUACAGUCUUUGUUGGCGGAAUUGAUGUUAGGAUGGAUGAAACAGAAAUUCGAAGCUUCUUUGCUAGAUAUGGUUCAGUGAAAGAAGUGAAGAUAAUCACUGAUCGAACUGGUGUGUCCAAAGGCUAUGGAUUUGUUUCGUUUUAUAAUGAUGUGGAUGUGCAGAAAAUAGUAGAAUCACAGAUAAAUUUCCAUGGUAAAAAGUUGAAACUGGGACCAGCAAUCAGGAAACAGAAUUUAUGUGCCUAUCACGUGCAGCCACGUCCUUUGGUUUUUAAUCCUCCACCUGCACCACAGUUUCAUAGUGUCUGGAGUAAUCCAAACACAGAGACAUAUAUGCAGCCUCCAGCUAUGAUGAACCCCAUCACUCAAUAUGUCCAGUUUUUCAUCGUAAAGACCAUUCUCCUUGCUGAAGAAGAUGGAAGCAAAAUUAGAGCAUAUCCUCCUUACCCUAAUUCACCAGUCCAACUCAUCACUGGAUAUCAGCUACCUAUAUAUAAUUAUCAGGUACCUCCACAAUGGCCUGCUGGAGAACAAAGGAGUUAUGUUAUACCUCCGGCUUAUACAGCUGUGAAUUACCACUGCAGUGAAGUGGACCCAGGAGCUGAAGUCCUACAGACCGAGUGCUCCGUCCAUGAGGUCACACAGUCAUCUGGAAAUGGCCAGCAAAAGAAAUCUGUGGACCGCAGCAUACAGACAGUGGUAUCCUGUUUGUUUAAUCCAGAGACAAGACUGAGAAACGCUCUUGUCACACAAGAUGACUACUUCAAGGACAAAAGAGUACAUCACUUUAGAAGAAGUAGGGCUGUGCUUAAAUCCGUUUGAAUCCUCUCUGCUGAAGCUUCCAGUGUUGUGGACAGUAGUUACUGUUUUUGAGUAUUACGAAGAUACAGAGAGUUCCUGUUUUCCACUAUUAUGGAAAGUUAAUUCUGAAUUUUUUGACAACUUAUUGCAAGACUUUCUGUGCAAGUUGUGUUAA